UGUUGUUGUUCCGAUCGUCCGAAGUAAUGGAAGGUGUGGGUGUCGAAUAUGCUGAGAGAAAAAGGCAGGUUAGUAAACAGUGUCUAUUCCUCGAGAGCCGGCCAGGCAGGGAGACAACAUGGCGGCGGGCGGCGGCCUCCCUGGGCUCCUGCCUGCCCAGACCCAGCUGGAGUAUGCCCUGCUGGACGCCCUCACCCCUCAGGAGAAGGACAACCUGGUCUACCAGUACCUGAGGAAGGUGGACAGCUGGGAGCAGGACCUCAAGGUCCCCGACUUUGGAGGAGAUUUAGAGUGGCUGAACACUGAAGGUCCCAUUUCUCUGUACCAAGACCUUUGUGGAAAAGUGGUGGUUUUGGAUUUCUUCACCUACUGCUGCAUCAACUGCAUACACCUGCUGCCUGACCUCCAUGCGUUAGAGCACAAAUACUGUGAUAAAGAUGGUCUUCUUGUUGUUGGUGUCCAUUCAGCGAAGUUUCCAAAUGAAAAGGUUCUCAAUAACAUUAAAGGUGCUGUUCUUAGAUAUAACAUUACCCACCCUGUGGUAAAUGAUGCUGAUGCAACACUUUGGCAUGAGCUGGAAGUGUCUUGCUGGCCAACUGUGGUCAUUCUUGGGCCUCGUGGAAAUAUGCUGUUUUCUCUUGUUGGAGAGGGACACAGAGAUCAAUUAUUUUUAUUUACUUCUAUUGCUCUAAAGUUCUACAAAGAGAAAGGACAAAUCACAGAUAACAAAAUCGGAAUAAAAUUGUACAGAGACUCUCUACCUUCUUCUCCCUUGCUGUUUCCUGGCAAAGUGACUGUAGACAAUUCAGGAGAUAGACUCGUGAUAGCAGAUACCGGACAUCACAGGAUUUUGGUUGUCAGGAAAAAUGGGCAAAUCCUACACACCAUUGGAGGACCAAACAGUGGGAGAAAAGAUGGAAGAUUUUCAGAGGCAGCAUUCAAUUCCCCCCAAGGGGUGGCUAUAAAGAAUAACAUUAUUUAUGUUGCCGAUACAGAAAACCAUCUGAUUAGAAAGAUUGACCUUGAAUUAGAGAUAGUGAACACUGUAGCAGGCAUUGGAAUACAAGGCACGGACAAGGAGGGUGGAGCAAAAGGAGAGGAGCAGCCCAUCAGCUCACCAUGGGAUGUGAUCUUUGGAAGUUCAGUUUCAGGGACCCAUGAAGAUGAUGUUCUAUGGAUAGCCAUGGCAGGUACUCAUCAAAUCUGGGCGCUCAUGUUGGAAUGCGGAAAACUCCCAAAAGGAAGUGAUUUAAAGAAAGGAACCUGCCUUCGAUUUGCUGGGAGUGGGAAUGAAGAGAACCGAAACAAUGCAUACCCCCAUAAGGCAGCCUUUGCCCAGCCUUCAGGUCUUUCUCUGGCUUCUGAAGAACCCUGGAACUGUAUUUUUGUAGCAGACAGUGAGAGCAGCACCGUGCGAACAAUCUCACUGAAAGAUGGAGCAGUGAAACAUCUUGUAGGAGGAGAGAGAGAUCCAUUGAAUUUGUUUGCCUUUGGUGAUGUUGAUGAAGCAGGAAUAAAUGCAAAGCUGCAGCACCCCCUUGGAGUAACUUGGGACAAGAAAAGGAAACUGCUUUAUGUAGCAGAUUCCUAUAAUCAUAAGAUUAAGUUUGUAGAUCCCAAAAUGAAGAAUUGUGCUACACUGGCAGGUACAGGAGAAGCAAGUAAUGUUGUUGGUUCCAGCUUUACGCAGACGACUUUCAAUGAACCAGGAGGAUUAUGUGUUGAAGAGAAUGGCCGUCUGCUUUAUAUUGCUGACACAAAUAAUCAUCAAAUUAAAGUGCUGGACUUAGAAACAAAAAUUAUUUCUGUGUUGCCUAUCCUGCACACUGAAAUAUUUGAUGUUGUAGAUCAUCCAUUUAUCCAAAACAAUAAGAUGGCAAACAUCCCCAAGCUGCCUAAAUCUGCACCGAACAUCCAACUUCCUUCAUUGACUGUAACCCCUGGCCAGACCCUUCGUUUUUUAUUAAGGUUAAGCCUUCCUGCAAAUACGAAGCUGACUGAAGAGGCACCCAGUUCCUGGUUUCUCACAGCAGAAGGUAAUGAGUGGCUACUUCAGGGACAGAAUCCAUCUGGAGAAAUUGAGGACAUUUCCCAUCAACCUCUCAUCUCCUUGCAGUUACCCAGUAGCUGCCUGUCAUCUGAAGCUGUCCUGUCUGUCAAAGUGUGCCUCUAUUACUGUAGCAAAGACAGCAGUGCCUGUAUGAUGAAAGGAAUCUCAUUCAAUCAGCUUUUACAGAUAGCUGAUACAAACCAAGGUAGCACAACUCAAGUAGAGCUGACAUAUGCAUUUUAACCAAACCAAAAACCCAACAGAUUCACACUCUAGUUUUACUUUCUAACGUUUUUACGGGCGAAAAAAUAUUAGUAGAUUUUUUUUUUCCUCGUCUUCCAGUAGCAUAUGAAGAGUUCUGAAGCAUAAUAUGCUUUGUAAGAUGAAGCAGAAAUGCCUUGUGCUGAAUCAAGAAAAAUUGUAAUGAUAUCUUGGUCCCUUUAUUUCUUUUUGUUUUGUGUGAGCAAUAACAUCCUUAAGCUUUGUCUGUUGACUAUUAUGAAUAGAUUGGGCCUAGGCAAUUUUAAGCAGUGAGCAACAAUUUUAAGAGUCCGUUUUUGAAGGACCAGUAUUACAUUGUGAUAUUACUGAUAUUCUUUUGCACUGUAUCCUGUAACAACAUCAAAAUCAUUUGGGGAAGAACAAUUGCAACUUUCCUUUUUUUUACGCCCUCUGUUUUUAAUAGAAUGUUUAAAAACUUGAUUUUUGUUUCUGCAAGUCAUAAAAGAAUUAUUUUUCUUAUUUUACGAUGAAAGCAUUUAAAACACAUUUAAUAUAUUUUGAAAACACAGGGCUGUUUGUUUUUGUGCAAAUCAAGUCUGUUUCUUAAAACUAGCUAUUUAUGCCUUAUUUGAAGAGCACAAUUGUGUGGAAAAACUUUUAGGAAAUGAACUGUGUGAGGUCAUAUAGAAAUGUUACAUAACGAUGUCAAACCACGAAUGUGCCUAUAUAAAAUUAGCAUGCAGGAGUUUUUCUAAUUAGUGUUUCCAUUUGUAUUUUAGAGAGUAGACUGUAAGUAAUAUUUGUGACUCUAACUUGCAACCAUUAAAUGUCAACUAUUUCUGUCAAA